CUUACACCAGCAAGGCCAUGAGGUCCGCAUGCUCUUGCAAGUAGGCAACCCCGUUAUUACAGGGUUUCCCUACACUGCACGUUCAGAAAGUUACCUGAGAAGCUCCUGGUCCUUGGGAGAGAAGUACAUCAAAGAAUACAAUGGCUGGUUUCUGGAACAGCAAACACAGUUUUUACUGGGAAGGGAUAACUUUAGUGGCUUUUUAAAAUUCAUGGGGCAUCUGUCCUUCCAGUGUGACAAGUUGCUGGGGGAUAAAGAGAUAAUAACCUUUCUUCAGUGUGAACACUACGAUCUCAUCAUCCUUGAUGCUUUUAACCCCUGCUCCUUCAUCCUGGCACACAAACUUGGUGUCCAGUACAUUGCCUUCUAUCCUGGCACUCUAAAUGGUCCUCUGUCCAUCGCUCUGCCCAGCCCCCUCUCCUACGUCCCAGUUUUCAGCUCCCAGCUGUCUGACCACAUGAGCCUCUGGAGUCGUGCGAAAAAUCUCUUCUAUUCUCUCCUGUCUCCUGUUGGUCAGGAACUUGUAUGGAGGAUCUUUAAGGGAGUGGCUGAGCGCCACCUGGAGUCAGGUCCACCCCCUGGUGGUCUGACUGAAUUACAGCAAGGAGCUGAACUCUGGGCCUUCAACACAGACUUCUCACUGGAGUUCCCUCAGCCUCUAAUGCCCUACACCGUGCUAGUGGGAGGUCUGCUAAAUAAACCUGCAAACACUUUGGAACAGGAACUUGAUUUGUGGAUCUCUAGUUUUGGAGAGGCAGGAUUCAUUGUUGUGACUCUUGGAUCAAUGGUGUCGUCUGUGUCCGUGGGUCCUCUGCUUGUGGAGCUGGUGGCUGGAUUCAGCAGGAUCCCACAGGCAGUCCUCUGGAGGUAUGAUUCUCAGCAAUGGCCCACUCACGUGGAUAGACCUCCCAAUCUAAGGUUAUUGAACUGGCUUCCUGUUAAUGACCUGCUAGGUCACAAGAAAGUGCGUCUCUUCAUCACCCAUGGGGGACAAAACAGUCUGCUCCAGGCCGUGUUUCAUGGUGUCCCUGUGCUGGGAAUUCCUCUGUUUGGAGACCAGUUUGAUAACGUUGUGAGGGCUGAAGCAAAGGGACUUGGCCUCACCAUUAAACCCACACACAUCACCAGGGAACUGCUCAGUACUACCAUCCAAACACUCCUACAGGACAACAGAUUUAAGUCCUCAGCUUUGUCCCUCAGCAGGAUUCAUAAAUCCCACCCUGUUCCUCCAGCCCUUCGACUCUCCCACUGGGUGGAACACAUUCUGAGCAGCGGAGGUGGAGCCCAUCUGAAGCCAGCUUCCCUAGCACAGCCCUGGUACCAGAGAUACCUGUUGGACCUGCUGCUCCUCCUGUCCCUGGGUCUUUCUGGACCUCUCCUCCUCUGCUGGGCUUUGUGUAGGAAAAAGAAUAGGGAUAAACACAAAAAAAUACAAUGA